UAGUUUCUAUGGUAACGUUUAAGUUUGCCGAGACUCUAAAGGGUUUGGAUUGCUUAACUUGAUGUUUCGAAAUCGUGUGUAGGAAUUCUCGAGAUUUGCAUCAGCUGUAGUUUACUUAAACAUUAAUACUUCAUCAAUCACAUGCUAAAAAUCCGUCGUACGUUUUCGUUCUGAAUCUGAUUAACGUUAGUUGAAACACAGCGUCUACACUUUUGCAGAAAGGAUACCAACUUUUGUUAAAUCGGGUUUUCGGCAGUUGCUCUAGGUUUAAACACAUUUAAGCAUUAAAAUGGCAGGCUAUGAUAAUGCAGCUGUACAGCAGCUGAAUAAGUUUUGGUCGAUGUUAGAUGAUAUGUCUGAGAAUAAUCUAGAAGAGUACAAGAACUUCAUUGAGCGACAGCUGCGAGAAGGAGCGGAGUUCUACUCACCACCCGAGCCUCACGCCUGCAUCCGCACUAAUGUACUGGGACCAAAGAAAGGGGUGUUAUAUAUAAACAUCUGCAGUUGGAAACGAGUGCCAGCCCCAGAUUCUCACAAUAAUCCAGUUCCCGUGUGUGGAGGAAGAUUGGAAAGCAUCACUGAGCAGAAAGAGUGCAGUGUGGUGGACGUGGCCUUCAAUCCAGAGGUUCUGCAGAUGAUAGAGAAAGACAAGCAGGAGAGAGAGAAUAUCCACCUGCUUGUUCUGAACUUCAUCCAACAGCAGCACAAUCUGAAUCUGUCCCAGAGUUACAAACUCACCAAAGACAAAAUCAAGGGCAGCAUUCAGGAUAUGAAGAACCGUUUAAUGACACCAAAGCAGGUCAAAUCUACCAGUGGGCCACAAUCUGAACCAGCACCAUCACUCCUUCAGCAGAUCUCCUCACUGCGAUUGGCUGAGAACAAGGUUGACUCCUCCAUCCAGCUGAGCACAGUGCAGGACAAGAAACCAGCCAAACCAGGUCUUAUUGAGGUGAUCUCCAGUACAGAGUUAGUCCAGCGUGAGCCCCAGCAGCCCCAGCAUCAUCUCACAGUGUGUACUGAUGACAGCGGCUCAGGGAGGAGCCUACAGCUGAACGUCAAGCUUCCUGGUGUGCGAUCGGUCUCACAGUGCCAACUCAGCAUCUCUCAGGAUGAUAUUCUCCUGGAGGUGGAGGACAUUUAUUAUCUGCACCUUCCAUUAUCUGAGUCAGUCAAGGAGGAGACUUGCACUGCAAUAUUUAAUAAGAAGAAACAGACUCUAACUGUUACUGUAAAUGUGUUAUAAAACAUAUCACUCUUAUAUAGAAACUGAGAAACUAACUUU